GCAACUACUUUCGGCGUAGUCCCUAUUCAUCUGCAACAAGAACAGAUCUCCCGAAUUCUCCAAUUCUCCGUGAUCGACAUAACGUACACAACAGAUACAUACCUAUUCUUAGCCAAGAUGUGGCGGUGUGUGUCCCGUGGCCUCACCAUCCCUUCCAACAAAUCCGCCUCCGUCAAGUCCAUUACUCGCCUCUUCUCUGCUCAAUCGAAUGGGGGAACUCAAUCCUAUACAGUUGUGGAUCACACCUACGAUGCGGUGGUGGUUGGUGCCGGCGGUGCAGGACUGAGGGCCGCAAUAGGGUUAUCCGAGCAAGGGUUUUACACAGCCUGCAUUACCAAGCUAUUCCCUACUCGCUCCCAUACGGUUGCUGCACAGGAUGAUUGGCGGUGGCAUAUGUACGAUACAGUGAAGGGAAGUGAUUGGCUAGGAGACCAGGACGCAAUUCAGUACAUGUGCAGAGAAGCACCAAAAGCAGUUAUCGAACUUGAGAAUUAUGGUCUGCCGUUCUCCCGGACGGAAGAUGGGAAGAUUUAUCAGCGUGCAUUUGGUGGCCAGAGCUUGAACUUUGGAAAAGGCAUGGCCACAUGUGGACAAGCAUAUCGUUGUGCAUGUGCUGCUGAUCGAACUGGACAUGCUUUGUUGCAUACUCUAUAUGGCCAAGCUAUGAAACAUAAUACAAAGUUUUUUGUUGAAUACUUUGCUCUGGAUUUAAUUAUGAGCAAUGAUGGUAGCUGCCAGGGUGUGAUUGCUUUAAAUAUGGAGGAUGGCACCUUGCAUCGUUUCCGUGCUAUGUCGACAAUUCUUGCUACUGGGGGUUAUGGCAGAGCAUACUUUUCUGCAACUUCUGCUCACACUUGCACAGGAGAUGGCAAUGCUAUGGAUCUUGAGUUUGUUCAAUUCCAUCCAACAGGCAUAUAUGGUGCUGGGUGUCUCAUUACUGAAGGGUCCCGAGGUGAAGGUGGUAUUCUGAGGAACAGUGAAGGUGAAAGAUUCAUGGAGCGGUAUGCCCCAACUGCUAAGGACCUUGCAUCUAGAGAUGUUGUAUCAAGAUCUAUGACGAUGGAGAUCCGGGAAGGGCGUGGUGUUGGGCCCUUGAAAGAUCACAUCUACCUUCACUUGAAUCAUUUGCCUCCUGAAGUCCUAAAGGAGAGACUUCCUGGUAUUUCAGAAACUGCAGCCAUAUUUGCUGGUGUUGAUGUUACAAAGGAGCCAAUCCCUGUUUUGCCGACUGUCCACUAUAACAUGGGCGGGAUCCCCACAAAUCACUAUGGAGAGGUGGUUACCAUUAAAGGUGAUGAUCCUGAUUAUGAGGUUCCCGGACUGUAUGCUGCUGGGGAAGCUGCCUGUGCUUCUGUUCAUGGUGCCAAUCGCCUUGGAGCAAAUUCUCUUCUGGACAUUGUUGUCUUUGGUCGUGCUUGUGCUAAUAGGGUUGCUGAGAUCCAAAAGCCAGGUGAGAAACAAAAGCCACUAGAAAAGGAUGCUGGAGAGAAGACCAUUGCAUGGUUGGACAAGAUUCGUAAUUCAAAUGGGUCACUUCCCACAUCAAAAAUCCGGCUUAACAUGCAACGCAUAAUGCAAAACAACGCUGCUGUAUUUCGGACCCAAGAAACGCUGGAAGAAGGCUGUCAGUUGAUUGAUAAGGCUUGGGAGAGUUUUCAUGACGUCAAGUUGAAGGACAGAACCUUGAUAUGGAACUCGGACUUGAUAGAGACAAUUGAGUUGGAAAACCUUUUAAUUAAUGCAUGCAUCACCAUGCACUCUGCUGAAGCCAGGAAAGAAAGUAGAGGAGCCCAUGCACGUGAAGAUUUUACGAAAAGAGAUGAUGAGAACUGGAUGAAACAUACAUUAGGAUAUUGGGAAAACGAGAAAGUUAAACUGGACUACCGACCAGUUCACAUGAAUACACUUGAUGAUGAAGUUGAAUCAUUUCCUCCAAAAGCUCGAGUAUACUAGCAUGCUUGCUGGUAAUGCGAGGAAAAUAGAAAAGGAUUAUUCUGCUUAGGCAAAGGCUGAAAUAAAUUAAUGAAAGGGCAAAAUUCUUAAUAAAUAUAGCUUCCAGCCAAAUUGCUUAUUUGUUGAAGCAUGAACACAAAGCGAAAUGUUGCUUCUUUGUACUGUCACUAGUAAUUUAAAGCCCUUCAUUGUCACGUCUUUAUUGAUUUAAAAUGUCAUGACGAGUAUUUUUUUGCGUUAUAUCGUGGGUGAAGAUGUUUUGUGAUGGAGUAGUUUGCAAUUUCAGUAUCAAAUUGAUUGUAUUGGGAAUGCAGUAUAUAUUUUGUUGGUAUUAUAGAAUAACAAAUAUUGGAUUGUCCUUUAUAGAAUAACAAAUAUUG